AUGGGUGAUAGUACGAUAGGCUGGGUAGUCGUUGUGUCGCUUAUGGUUGGUUUUGGAGCACAGGUUACCAGAUCAGAACCAUCUCCAUUCUGUGACGAUUACAUCAGAUGCAUGGAACAGUUGGAAAUCAAGCAGCAUGAAUGUCUAGCAUUGGAUAAAAACAUCAGGCUAAGGAGCUCCGAUUCAUGUAGUCGUCAGAAGUGGGAUAAGAAACUUGAACUGAAUGCUCUUCAUAUGCGACGAGCAGAAGUUGCACGAGAUUGUGUUCAGAAAAAUCAUCGGGAUGCAUUGCUAGCAGAAUCGACACUGGAUGAUGAUACGAGAAAAUCCUGCUCUUCUCUUCAUGAAAAGUUCCAAUUUGCCAAAAACCUUUCAUCUGAAGACUUCACUUCUUCUACAGUUUCAUCUGGAAGUCGGAAGAAGAGAUCAGCGAAAAGAACUAAGAGAGACGCUCGAAAGAACUCGAAUUCGAAAGCCACGGAGUGCAGGAAUGCAGCCAAAUUAUGGCAUAAACAAUGCUCGGCUCUAGCGAAAUGUUGUCCAUUGGUUGAAGACUGCAAACAAUCAACGAAUGAAAUAAUGGAUCAAAUCUACGAGGGUCGUCACAAACUUCACGAUAUGCACGUCAAUAACUGUAUCUAA